UUCAACUUGAAACAUUUCCACGACCAUUGUUAUACAACGAAGCACCAAAUACAAGAUUCAGGCGCUUAAACGUCUCUUCAUUUUCUGGUUAAAAUAUACAAGGUGAUUGUGAGUAACUAUGGCCCGUACUAAACAGACAGCUCGUAAAUCCACUGGAGGAAAAGCUCCCCGUAAGCAGCUGGCCACUAAGGCUGCUCGCAAGAGUGCGCCCUCUACUGGAGGAGUCAAAAAGCCCCAUCGCUACAGGCCUGGUACUGUGGCUCUGCGUGAGAUUCGCCGGUACCAGAAGUCUACGGAGUUGCUGAUCCGUAAGCUGCCUUUCCAGCGUCUGGUCAGGGAGAUCGCCCAGGACUUCAAAACAGACCUGCGGUUCCAGAGUGCUGCCAUCGGAGCCCUACAGGAAGCCAGUGAGGCAUACCUCGUGGGCCUUUUUGAAGACACUAACCUGUGUGCUAUUCAUGCCAAGCGUGUCACCAUCAUGCCUAAAGACAUCCAGCUGGCACGUCGGAUCCGCGGAGAACGCGCCUAAAAUCCCAUCGUCCACUCCUGUCCCUUUUCCUCCUGAAUUUAUUUUUCUCCUGUACAUGUACCCUGUCUUACCCUCUUUGUAUAUGUGUGGAUUAUCAUGACAAAUUUGUGUGUUUUUCUUGCUUGCUUUGAAACUCUCAGCAAUUGGCCAUGUGCAGUAUGGUGUUCAGAAUAGGGUAGAUUUAUUUACUCACACAGGCAUAGUGGUUAGAUGGGGUGUAGACUGGUGAGUUCCCAGUUGUUGUAAAUUGAUGCACUUGGACACAGUAGUUAGAAUCCAUAGGGGAAGUGGAGCUCAGUAAAAUUUAAUUGGGAUUAUUUUGCCAAGGAAAAGGAACAGGGCCCUGUCUUGGGAUCCAUCCCUGUAUUACCCCUCUUUGUACUUUUAGCACAUUCAACUAGAGGUAUAUUUUAUACAACCAACUUGCUCUUUUUACUUGCACCUGCUUUAGCAGUGGUAUGUUGGCAAGAUUUUGCUUCUGAUUUUGACCCUCAGUAGACAAGGAUCAGGAAAAAGGAGCAGGUGAAAACGACAUAGCAGUGACCAUGUUCUCCCCUGAUUGGCUGUAUUGUCAUAUUGCAUAGACCAGCAGGUUUUGAUAUCUAGAUGAAGAGUUUAAGGGCUCCUUUGGUAUUGGGACCAUCCUCUUCAGGGUGCUUCCACUUGAUCAGUGAACAUUUUCAUGAAGCACAUACUAGUCCUCUGUGAAUGUUUACUUUUUUUGAGUUCUGUUGGUUGUAGUAUAUUUGUAUUUACGUUAGUCAUGUUUGAGGUAUAUCCAGUUAGAAUGUUGCCCAGUUUGUAAUUUGGGAAGUGUAGAGGGGCUGGGGUGUUUGUGCUCAUGCUCCACAUAUUGGCAAUUAAUUGUCCUAUUUGUCUGACAAUGAGACUAAUCUAUAAAUAUAUGUAGUGAGUGUUUACACCCGUUUUAUAUUUUAUGCCAAUUAAAAAAAAUCCGGUUGUCAGUAGUAGGUGGCGGCUCAGGUUUUUUUUUUUUUUUUACAUAAAUAUGAAGCAUCUUUGUGCUCUCAGAAUUUAUCAAAUGGAAAAAUAAAGAAUUUGUUUCCUUGA